AUGAGAUUGGAAGAAAAACGGAUGAGAUUGGAAUUGGAUCGAAUGAGAUUGGUGGACGGCAUCGUGGCAACUGUAAAGUUUAUUGGUGAAAAGCAUACAUCCCUUCAAGAUGCACUCGGCCCCUACGCCAGUUGGGGUAAUGAAACGAAAACCAAAUCCAAAUCAAACUCCCAAACCGAUCCGCAGUCAACGAAAGAGGCUUCCGUGGAGAGCAGUAACCCAAGAGUGCCUCGAAAAAUCCCGGAAAAAUCAGGUUUCAAAACGGUGGAGAAUGAGCAGGAUUUUUUGAAUGACCUGAAGAAAAAGGCUGGUUGGCCCAAGAAUAAAGUAAAUGAAUACUUGAAUUCAAUGGAGAUUAUGGGAGUGCGACUUCUUGAUCAAUUAUGUUUGGACGAGCAAGCUACUGGCGAUACGAACGAGGAAAAGAAGGGCGCUGAGUUGAAAAUCCUGGCAACCAAAGUAGCAAACGAUAUUCUCAAUUCCAAGUUUCUCGAUCGCAGCGUUGUAGCCGACGGAAAAAGCGACAAAAAGCUCAAGGUUAGAAAAUGGAGCGAGACUGCAUUUGUUCAGCCAAUAAUUCAUGCCAUCAUCUACCGGGUGCUUGACAUUGUUGAUCUCGGUUUUCUUUAUGUUUCAAAGGAGCAGAGAGUACGACGGGAAAGAGAAGAUGACAAGGAACGCGUAAUGGACUUCUUGGUUCAUAAAUUUCGAGAGAACCUUUUCUGUGCCAUGCCAAGCAUGAUUGAAUGUAUAGUUGAAGUCAAGCGGUGUGGAAAUACUUUCAACGAGGACAAAACAGAAAUCAAAAUGGCGGGCAUCCAAAUAAUUGGAAACUUUGCCAAGCGAUUGCGGGGAGACCUCAAUUUUCUCAGCAUUGGUGUGGAUUGUGAGCUCUAUGGGGUCGCCAUUUCGUUGUCCAAAGUGUCAAUUGUAAAGGCAUCGCUACAAAACGUUGGAACAGAAAAUGUUGCAGUGUUGUUUCGCAAGACCAAAGCAUUUGAUUUGCUUUCUACAAAGGGCCUUGAGAUGCUGGCACUUGCUCUGAGUGCUAGUUACAAAAUGUCCGAAGCAAAGCAUGACAUCGCCACCAUCAAAGCAUAUAUCCAUGAAGGCGAAAAUCAGAAUAAUGCAAGGAUCGGGAUGUCCAUUGACAGGUUUUUGGGUUCGGGAGCAUUUGGAAGCGUUUACAAAAUUCGCAAGACUACUGUCGGACAGGAGGGACCAGAGUGUUUUCUGAAGAUACCAAAUUCGCACAGGGCGUUACAUUCGUUGAAGGAGGAGGCAAAAACCUUGCGCCGCUGA